AUGGCUCUCUCGUCUCCCCCUACGACCCAGCCUAUAACGCCGCACGGCUUAACAGAUAAGCAAAGCCGGCGCCUAGAAGCCCUACGACUGCGCUUGAACGAGCCUGAACCGGUCCUCAUCUGCCGGCCUUGCGGUUACGCCUUGAAACCGUUCGGGGAGCGGGUGAGCCGUCACCUGGCCGAGAAGCACAACAUAAGCAAGUCCCAGCGCCGCGGGCUGAGCGCCCUGGUGAGAACUCUCGGCCUAGGCCUGACGGUCACCCGCGGCCACGCUUGUCGCCGCUGCAGCUAUCGGACGGCAAGCGCCGACCUGAUCUGCCGCCAUAUCUCGAGGGCACACGGCAUCAAGGACUCGCGGAAGGUGGGCGGCUGGCAACGUGACCAUAUCCAUAGCGGCGUCCUCCUCCAGAGCUGGUCACAGAACGGUACGCGGGGCUUUUGGAUAGCACGGCCGAGAACGUCGGACUCUCAAGAGGAUGAGGCUAGACUGCAGUAUAUUACGUCGGCCGUGGAUGGCGUUUUUGACCGUUGCGAGGACACAAUACGCCACACUGAUGUCUCCAUACGUUGCUGGCUCCGCAGCUCGGAGCCCCACCGCCCGUAUAAGGCGCCGUUUGAGCUGGUCGGCCGGCACUCCUCCACAUACAAGUACCGCCGAUCGGCGAAGAGACUUCUGUGCUUCUGCAUCUAA